ACGUAAUCCAAUUGAGAUGGACAUUGAUCCACUUUAUCCUUUGACCGUUGAUUAUUUCACUUCCCCUGAAAUAUGGCAACUAUUCGAAAUCUUUAUCUGGCAACUGAUCAUGGCCAAGAUCGGGAAAAAUCGCACCUUUGUUUACAUGCAGAGACGCUAUGAAAAGCCACCCAUUAAUGAACCAGCUUUAAUAUUGUUAUUAACUGUCUUUACUAUUUCCUACAUCAUAUUGAUAGUAGAUGAGUGGAUAGGAAUAAUUAGACGAGGUGACCGAUUGUUUCCUAAUUUUGCGGCUCUUGCGCGAAAAUUGUUGGUACCACUUCCCGAUGCUUUAAGGGAACGUCAAGUAGGAUUUUUCAAUUUCGGUGAUCCCGACCCCGAAGAUGACGAUGAAGAUUAAAUUGUGUAUUAUAAACUCUCUGAUCAAAGAAAUAAAUUCAAUUGUUACCUGA